ACAUAUUAACAGAGAUUAUUUAGCAGACACUAGCCACUUCUAUUAAAUUGGAUGGGCGAAAAAUGCCAGGAUCUGAGAUGAACCCUCCAGCGUUAGGGCAGUCAUCUGCCCUGUUCCCUAACCUGGACCCUGCCUGGGUGGCUCUGCAGGGCUCACCAGCUCUGAUAUGGAUCUUCAGAACAUGCUCAUUGAUGAGGGAAUGCGCUGUGAGAACCACAAAACCAACUACCAGACCCUCAAAGCCGAGCACACCAGACUGCAGGAUGAAUACACCCGGGCGCAGAAUGAACUGAAACGCUUGCUUAGUGAUCGUCAGGUCGCUCAGGAGAAACAGCAGCUGCUGUUGGCCGAGCUAAGAGGAGAGCUGCUGGAUAAAAUGCGAGAGCUGGAGGUCAAGAUUACGAUCAAAAAACAUAUUUCAAAUUAGCAAUAAAAUUUGAUAAUAUUGGAAUCAUAAAUUGUGC